AUGAAUAACAAUAAUACUAAUCUAGCUAAGAAUUUAUGGAUCGAAUGGUAAUUGUUUAAAAAAAAUGAAUCCACCAAUCCUACUUUAUAAAUUAAAAAAUAAGGCAUCAUGACCAAAACUGAUUAAUAUGCUGAAUUCACUUAUAGACCUAAUGCAACAAGUCCUCCAUCUAUGUAAGAAUUUUAUGAAUCUGUUAUCAAUGGAAUCAUUAAGAGAUUUUAAUUAGGUCUCUAUUAAGGUGAGUAUCCCUACUAUAAUGAAUUAUAAAGUUGUCUCCAUGAAUUUAUCAGACUUAUGAACUUUAAAUCAGAAAUCUUGGUUGAAGUCUUUUAAUCUAUUACAAAUCUUAAUUUAAGCAAAGAAACUUUUCCUAAUGUUGUCGUUCCUUGUGCAUCCUGUGGUAUGUUCAUCUAUAUAGUACAACAUUGUAACAAUUGUUACUCUGCAUUUUAUUGUGAUAAAACUUGUUUAAAAAAUGGCAAACAAAAACAUGAAUCUGAAUGUUAAUAAGCUAAGAUUACUCCUUCAAUAAUUUAUCCUUUAUAAGUGGAAAUUCAUUGUGGUGGUUCAUUAGGAGAUGAUGUCAAAAUUUAUUUUUAACAUGAAAGAAAAUUAUCUUUAUUGUAUAGAGGCUAGAAGUUUUUGAAUUCUAUGUACAAAAUUUUACUCAAAAACCGUUGGCUAAAGAAUAAUGGUUAUAAUAUUGUUGAAAAUGAAACUUCUAUAUAAUUAUAAAGUACAAAGAAAAUAGAUAUGAAACCUUCUGAAGAUUAAGGUGAUCCAAAUUACUCAGAUGAAGACUUAUAUUUAAAAAUGCCUUGUGUUUAAGAAAUUAAAGUGAUAUUCCUAAAUUAAGGAGCAAUCUUACAAGAUAUUAUCAAAGAAACCUACAAUUUAUAAACAAAUUUUAUUCAUAUUUAUUAUUUUCCUAUUUGA